UCACGUGUCUUUUUUUACAGCCGGGUAAUCUGGAGCUCAGCCCUAUCCAGGAUUUAUUUUCCUCCUAAAACGGUUGUAUUUCAUCAAUAUACGGAUACAUUUUGAGGACUCAAAAUGCCUAUAUUCUCGGAGCUGUAUUUUAAUGUGGAUAAUGGUUACUUGGAAGGGUUGGUCAGGGGUUUUAAGGCUGGAAUUCUUUCACAGGGAGACUAUCUAAAUCUCGUCCAGUGUGAAACCCUGGAAGACCUGAAGCUCCAUCUGCAGAGCACGGACUAUGGCAGCUUCCUGGCCAACGAGCCGUCACCCCUCACCGUGUCCGUCAUCGACGACAAGCUCAAAGAGAAGAUGGUGGUGGAGUUUCGUCACAUGAGGAACCAGUCCUAUGAACCGCUGGCAAGCUUCAUGGACUUCAUCACGUACAGCUACAUGAUAGACAAUGUGAUCCUGCUGAUCACAGGCACCCUGCAUCAGCGGUCCAUCUCUGAGCUGGUACCUAAGUGCCACCCGCUGGGCAGCUUUGAACAGAUGGAGGCAGUCAACAUCGCCCAGACCCCAGCAGAACUUUACAACGCCAUCCUGGUCGACACCCCUCUGGCUGCUUUCUUCCAAGACUGCAUAUCUGAGCAGGAUCUGGAUGAGAUGAACAUCGAGAUCAUCCGUAAUACUCUGUAUAAGGCUUAUCUGGAGGCUUUCUACAAGUUCUGCUCCACUCUGGGAGGAACCACCGGUGACACCAUGUGCCCUAUUCUAGAGUUUGAGGCGGACAGGAGGGCCUUCAUCAUCACCAUCAACUCAUUUGGUACCGAACUGUCUAAGGAGGACCGUGCCAAGCUGUUCCCCCACUGUGGCAAGCUGUACCCUGAGGGGCUGGCUCAGCUUGCCCGCGCUGACGACUACGAACAGGUCAAAGCUGUGGCCGACUACUACCCUGAAUACAAGCUCCUGUUUGAGGGAGCCGGCAGCAACCCAGGGGACAAGACACUGGAGGACAGGUUCUUUGAGCAUGAGGUGAAGCUGAACAAGCUGGCGUUCCUGAACCAGUUCCACUUCAGUGUGUUCUAUGCCUACGUCAAGCUGAAGGAGCAGGAGUGUAGGAACAUCGUGUGGAUCGCUGAGUGUAUCGCACAGAGGCACCGUGCCAAGAUAGACAACUACAUCCCCAUCUUCUAAACACACACCAGUACCUCCCUACAUUCUGAUCUGAACACACACACACCAGUACCUCCCUACAUUCUGAUCUGAACACACACACACCAGUACCUCCCUACAUUCUGAUCUGAACACACACACACCAGUACCU